AUGGGCUCUGAAACUGAUGAACAGGUCGACGACUGCGUGAAGGAGUCUCCGAGGAGAACGAAUCCUGGGAAAAUUACAAGGAAAAUUCAUAAAGCCGCGAGGGAGAAGCUUAAACGCGACCGGAUGAAUGAGCUGUUUACGGAUCUUGGAAGAACACUUGAUCUUGAUCAUAUGAGUAAUGGAAAGGCUUCUAUACUAAGAGAGACGAUUAGACUCGUUGGGGAGUUGCUAGCUCAGGUGGAAAGUCUGAAAAAGGAAAACGUGACGCUUUUCUCCGAAUGUAAUUAUGUUACAGCUGAGAGGGAUGAACUCCAAGAAGAAACUUCAACUCUAGAUGCACAAAUCAAGAAGCUUCAGAAAGAAAUAAACGAGCGGGCCAAUUGUGAAGAAGACUCGGGUCUUUCUGGCAAAUUUCCCCUGAAACUAACAGAAGAUCACUCGGCCCCUGCUGUGGGCCCACCUCUAAUCGUCAUGCCGUUAGCAGCUCAUGAAUCGCAAGUCUUUUCAGUCCCUUUUACUGAGGCGAAUGUUUGUAAGGCUCCGGCAAAUGUGAGCAAGCCACGUGCACGUUACCCUUCUUCUUCCGACUCUUGGCCGUCUCACAUUCUUGCACAGUCAGACAAUUAUGGAUUGGUUGAUGAUGUUAGAGAAAGUUAA